AAUAGGUACGUGGCAUCGACAGGUAACUGUGGGCUCUCCAUACAAAGUAAGUGCUACAAAGUCUAGUGUGGUACCUGAAAACAACUGGAAUGGCUUCGUCAAGGGAAGAGCCAAUGGACGGUCUUGAAGGUCCAACAAUCCUGUUACUCAACGACGAGUACGGUACAAGCAAGGGCGGUAUAUCCACCAUCAACCAGCAGAUCGGGCGGCUGCUAAGGAAAGCCAAAGCCAUCGUCUACUGUACAGUUCUUUAUGAAGACAUUCCGGACGAUGAUCGUGAAUGUGCCGACGAAGAUGAUGUCCUGCUCAUCACGCCUUUUCGCCCUGAGCGCCUGGAACGAGAACCAAACUGGGAAUGGCUAGAAUUCUACCACACCAUUCACUACCCAAAUCUUCCAGAAAAGGUGGACUUCAUCAUAGGCCAUUCUGCCAUUACAAGCCAAAUCGCGCGGAACAUACAAGCGCAACGGUACCCCAAUGCGAAGGUCAUCCUCUUCACCCACGUGAUGCCAGAGGACACAGAUUACUACAAGGGAAAGAAGAGAGCCAUUGCUGCUUCAAGGAAGACUAAAGCAAUGGUGAUGCAGGCAGAAAAUGUGCAUGCCGUGUUUGCUGUGGGAACACGAAUUCACCAGCACUUCAGCACCAAGUACAGGGUUCUCAUAGGCAAGAAAAAAGACAUGAGACCAUGCUUACACUACUGUUUCCUUCCAAGGCCAUCUCAAACGUUUGAGAGAACCGAGGUGAGCUUUGAUAAGGGUCAACUGGUGGUGUUGGCUGUUGGCCGGGUGAGGGGUGUGGAGAGGCUGAAAGGCCAUGACCUGGGCGCACGAUCUAUGGGGAUGGUGGCGGAGGUGAUCCCGAAUGUGGUCUUCCAAGUCCGUGGAAUCGACACCGAUGACUACGAGAAUAGCAAGAAGAUCUUAGAGGACAACCUGGCGAGUGGAAAGCUGAAGCCAACGCUCCUGGAAUACGGAACCCAGCAAGAAAUCAGCGACGACAUUCGGCAGGCACACCUGGUCCUGAUGCCGUCCAGAGCAGAGCCAUUCGGAUUGGUCGGACUAGAGGCAAUCGCAGCGGGCAUCCCCGUCCUCAUCUCCAACCAAUCAGGGCUCGCAGAUCUGAUGAAGGAUUUGAUGAAGCAAGAGAAAGUGUCCGCGGACUUCCGACACAAGAUCGUCACCACAAGCGUCCGGGACUCCGACCUGGAGAAAAAUGCCGAGGCAUGGAAAGAAAAAAUCGUGGACACCUUGAAGCACGUUGAAUCAGAGUUCAAGAGAGCAGCUGAAUUCAAGAAACAGCUGCUAGAGUCAAAGUACUGGGAGGAGUCCUACCAAGCCCUCCUUGGCGCUUGCGGCAUCAACACUAUGCCAAAGGACGACUCGGAAGAAGAAAUGUGAAAGAAGUCUCACAUGCUUGCCCAUCAUGUCAAUAAAAAUCGUUUGGGGUAGCUGAAGCAAAAGGGAUUGUUACCAGAAAGAGUAUGACCUAGCAUUUGGCAUCUAUGCGUGUAAGGGACCAUUGAUUAAAAGAACUUUCUUUUUCCAGAAUGACUUGCACAUGUAUGGCAUGAGAACAUACACAGGGGCCUUAACAAAGUAAUAGAUAUCAAUUGUAUAAAAAGUUGUUUGACAUACCGGAACCGAUUUUAUUGAGUUGUGACUGUAAGUAUUGUAUAGAUUCCUAUUGCACAAACGUUGAGGCAUUCAACAUGUAACUCUGUAUGCAACAAAAGUGAAACAUUUUUAUGGUCGCAAAUUGUAACAAUAAUUGCACCUGUCAGAAACUAAGUGUAGGCAAUACUCCAUCCUGAAUGUAACAUGUUUCUACUAUGCUAGCUGUUUUUAUUCCAUAUUGCACUGUCUAUUUGCAUAGAAUAAAACAGCUCUAUUUUUACAAUUUCAACGAAAUAUUGAGCUCAUUUCAUGGCUACUAUUAUAUUUACAUGGCCUUUUCCUGCUGGAUACCAAUAUUGUCACUCUGGGAAGCUACAGUUAAACAACUAUCAAACAAAUGCUGCAAAAUAAAACAAGAAAUUUUAGUUAUUCAGCAUUUUUGUGUGCAUCACAAUAUAUACACAUAAUUGCAAAACUGCAGUGCUCAUUCUCAAAUGAGCAUAAUUUUAUAAUUCAAAUAAAACAAAAUGACAAUUG